AAAAAAAAAACAUGAAGAACUCUUAUAUUCUACUCGUAGUUAUUGUUGUUGUCUUCAUUUCUUCUUCAGGAGAAGCAAAAGAGUGUUAUGGUCGAUGGAUUUGUUCUCGUGAAGACAAAUGCAAAGAAGAGUGCAUGGAUUUAUACAAAGGAGUUGGGACCUGUCGUAUGUAUUCUUUUCCUUCUAUCCCUACUCCGGUUCUUUCUUAUAUGUGUGAUUGCAACUUUGAUUGCUAACCAAUGGAAGUAAGUACCAAAAUCAAUAGAUCACAUAUGUAGAUCGAUGAAGAAAGGCGAUAUCAUCAGUCCUUCUAUUAAGAUUGCUACUUCUCCAACGGUUGGUUAGAACCAACCAUCAAGAUUCAAGAAUAGCCCGCACAGCUGUGGUCCAAUGGUAAGGGAGAAUUGGGGAAAUGUUGGAAGGAACUAACACAGGUUCGAUCCACCCUGGAAACAAAAAUCAUGGUUGUGUGGGAAAUCUGUCAAUUGGGCCAAGACCCAGUUGGUUUACCUGGUAGUCAGAAAUGCAGGCGGCCUGACUACCCCUGCCAUUAGUUGGAAGGAAUUUCAAACUCGGGAUAAACAGUGUAGUGGCCCUUCAGGGAGAAGUCCACUCUGAAGCA